AAGCAGACCUCUUCACAACCUCCUCUGAUAUUCCUCCGCACCUUUCUCCUCUCUGGGCCCCCGCAGAGGCGAUUCUGCUGCAGCGGGGAGCGGGGGAGACCGGGAACACACACACACACACACAGAAAGAUAGAAAAGUUCUGAUUCCUCUGGAGGACUGGAGCUCCGACUCGUAUGAUGUCUGUUGUGGGCGCCCAGCCUUUCAUCAAGCCAAUGCAGACUUCACCUUCAGUUUCGCCCGGUAUCCAGCGGAGACACACGCUGCCAGCCAGCGAGGUGCGGCCGCUCAACACGCAGGACGCGAUCAGCGUGUUUGAAAUCGAGAGGGAGGCGUUCAUCUCGGUGUCUGGGGAGUGCCCGCUGCACCUGGAUGAAGUGCGUCAUUUCCUCACGUUGUGUCCGGAGCUGUCGAUGGGCUGGUUCGAAGAGGGCCGCCUGGUGGCGUUCAUCAUCGGAUCUCUGUGGGACCAGGACAGGCUCACCUCAGAUGCGCUGACCCUCCACAAGCCCUGCGGCUCCACCGUCCACAUCCACAUCUUGGCGGUUCAUCGCACCUUCAGGCAGCAGGGCAAAGGCCCCAUUCUGAUGUGGCGCUACCUGCAGUACCUGCGCUGCCUGCCCAACGUGCGCCGAGCUGUGCUGAUGUGCGAGGACUUCCUCAUCCCCUUCUAUCGCAAGUCGGGCUUCAAGGUCCUGGGCCGCUGCGCCAUCACCGUGGCCAACCUCACCUUCACCGAGAUGUGGUACCCGAUCAGCGGCCAUGCAUACAUGCGCCGUAACAGCGAGGCCAUCCGGUUCCCCCAGCAUCCGCUGACUCUUCCUCUGGCAAAGACUGAUGAGCAAGUCGAUUUAUGACUCUGCUUUUGGUUGCUGUUGUGGUUUUUUUCUUACUGACACCAAACACUUGGACAAAGCUGUUCCAAGGUUGUGUGAGGCCAUGAGCAGAGUUUUAUUUGGGGGCCGGUUCCUUGUCUUGUAACAAUAUGUAAGAAAGUUGAGUUACAUUAGAUUAUACCAGUAAGCACCAGUACUUUUCUUUUGCACAGAGCUCUGUACAUUGCACUGAGGGAAGUCACUGAGGAUUCUGCGUAUUCGUCAGGACUCAGAGUUUAUUUAGAAAUCAACCUCUUAGAACCAGGAAGGAAAUAAUUUGAAUCCCUAAUUCUAAAGUUUAACACUGAACUUUAGCCUAAGAGGGAAAAGAUGGACAGAAAAAUCAGUUCUUGGACUUUGCCAGCACCAGACCUCACACAGAAUCAAGAGCAGAGCGCUUUACUUGAUGUCUGCCCUGUUGCUGUUUCAGCUCUCACUAAAGCUGCCUGAGUCUCUACGGACAUACGAUUCCAAAACCCAACCUGUGUUCGAUCAACAUGUUGCGCAGAGACUUGAACUCCAUCCAAGCUGAAAGACUGACAAGUCUCAAAACAAACAGCUUUUCAGUCAGAACAAGGUCGCUCAAAGACGGGUAGGAUGUCCUUGAAUGUCUGGAUGGCACCAAAUCUGGGUCACAGUGGAACGGGAUGGCGAACGCGAAGGGUUACGCAGCUUAAGUAAACUUAAAUGGUUUAACUUGAGGAAGCCCCAGUAAAACUUUUCUAAAGUUGGGCGCCCUUAAAACUUUCUGGGCUCUUGGCUGCCUCCUCUGGCCAAACAGGGAAAUAAUAAGGAGUGCAUUUAAAAAAUAAUAACAUAAGCUUACCUGUGUAGCGCUAUUUAUCUAUUUAUUUAUAUUUUUGUUAUUCAUAGAAUAUCACAUAGGUGUGCAGUUUUGGUAUCCGAUACCAGAUAAACACUGGGCCAGUAUCACAGAUAUCGAUUCUGAUACCGAUUCUGAUACUUUUUAUUAUUUAAAUUGAAAUGUCUGACCUUUAGGUGUUUCUGUGGUUUUUCCUUUGAAUUACUUUUGUAAAACCUUGAACAGAGUAUGGAGAAACUUUAAAGGCAUCUACAAAAUACUUUGUAGUAUUUUGUACUACAAAGUAUACAGUAUAUUGACAUGAUAAACGGAAACAAUAGAACGACUAAGUGAAACGAAGUGUGAAAAAUGAUUGUUUGAGAACAAAUCAAUACAAAAUCUUUCUUAGGGUAGCUUUGGGAAUUUGGGAAACUGUAAUACAAACAUAUAUAAUAAAAUUUCAAGAGGGAUUCUGGAACUAAAGUACCAUGCUAAUCGCCAUCCAAAACUGAUACCAACUGUUUCGAUAUCAUUGAUAUUUUCGUGUCAAUCUGCCCUCCUUUAGUAAACCAAAAACCUGUCUGUUGUUCCUACUUGCAAAAUUCAGCUAUAAUUUAGGCUAACACUGUUUGAACUCAAUGUUUUGAAUCUACAAUAAAGAAAAGUAGAGAACUAAAUCAGUAUUGUCUGUAGCGUCUUCACCGGUUCAAUUCACAUGUGAUAUUCUGAUUUAUUCUCAAGCUUUUAACUGACUCCCAUUCACCAGAAUUGUGUGGAUUAUUUCACUAUGUACACAAUAAACCAAGUGUUGACUUGAA